AUGCAGAUCUUUGUCAAGACUCUCACUGGCAAGACCAUCACCCUUGAGGUUGAGUCCAGCGAUACUAUCGACAAUGUAAAGUCCAAAAUCCAGGACAAGGAGGGAAUUCCCCCCGACCAGCAGCGCCUCAUCUUCGCAGGCAAGCAACUUGAAGAUGGUCGCACCUUGUCGGACUAUAACAUCCAGAAGGAAUCCACACUUCACCUCGUCCUCCGCCUCCGUGGUGGUAUGCAAAUUUUCGUAAAGACCCUGACCGGCAAGACCAUCACCCUUGAGGUUGAGUCCAGCGAUACUAUCGACAAUGUAAAGUCCAAAAUCCAGGACAAGGAGGGAAUUCCCCCGGACCAGCAGCGCCUCAUCUUCGCAGGCAAGCAACUUGAAGAUGGCCGCACCCUCUCAGAUUAUAACAUCCAGAAGGAAUCCACACUUCACCUCGUCCUUCGUCUACGUGGUGGUAUGCAGAUCUUCGUCAAGACCCUUACUGGCAAGACCAUCACCCUUGAGGUUGAGUCCAGCGAUACUAUCGACAAUGUAAAGUCCAAAAUCCAGGACAAGGAGGGAAUUCCCCCCGACCAGCAGCGCCUCAUCUUCGCAGGCAAGCAACUUGAAGAUGGCCGCACCCUCUCAGAUUAUAACAUCCAGAAGGAAUCCACACUUCACCUCGUCCUUCGUCUACGUGGUGGUAUGCAAAUCUUUGUCAAGACCUUGACUGGAAAGACUAUCACACUGGAGGUUGAGAGUUCAGACACUAUCGACAACGUGAAAAGCAAGAUUCAAGAUAAGGAGGGAAUUCCCCCUGACCAGCAGCGUCUUAUCUUCGCUGGUAAGCAGCUGGAGGAUGGACGUACUCUUUCGGACUACAACAUCCAGAAGGAGAGCACCCUGCAUUUGGUGCUGCGUCUGCGUGGUGGUCAGUAA